CAAGUUUUUCUAAAUCAGUCAUGUGCUAUUACAGUGGAAACAUUUAUGACUCAGCAUCAGAAUACAUAGAUAUGAAAGCCGAAUACCUGCCUUCUGAAUGUGAAGUUAUUAUUUACAGUGAAUUUAUAAUCACCGAUUCGUCCUCGAUAGAAUAUUGUAAUGAAGAUCUACUCAAAUCAGCGACAGAUUUAAAUAAACCUGUGGUCGUGAUGCUUAGACGAAGUUAUCGGUACACUGAUUGGGGUACAAUAUUGAGUCCUGAUGGCAAUGCUAAUGAUACAAAAGUUUUAUGUGAUUUCGCAAUAAAAAACCAUGUAGCAGGAUUCAUUGUGACAGGGCUGACACCACGACCCUACUAUAAACCAGUAAACAUCAAAGUCGGAGAAUACAUUAUACCGUAUUUAAAACAAUUAAAAUGCAGCCCUGACUUCAUAAUCGGUGUGGCUGUAGAUGGUAAUGCAACAUAUAUAAAGAAUUCAUCCAUAUAUAAUUUUGCUGUAAUGAAUGAUUUAGUAACCUUUUAUGAAAUACAAACGAUUGAAUUAAAUGAAUGCAAUCCGAAAAUAUAUAAUGGCUUGACUCCAAUUACAAAAGUCGAGCAUGGAGCAAAUUACAUGUAUGGAAUGGAAGAAGUCGUAUCAUUUUUAAAGGAAUCGAAAAUAAGUCUUACAAAAAUGACCUUUGAUAUAGAAAUCAAGCCCAUAAGUAAAAAUGGUCUAUACUUUACUUCGUACGCCACGGUGUGUCAUGGAGAUUUUAAUUCUUCAUUUUCGUGUGUGCAAACCACAAAAAAUUUGUUUGACAAGGGAAAGUUUGCACUUAAACAAAACAGUGGAAUAAUUAUCAAGGUUAUGGAUUAUGACGACAUUAAAAAUGACUGUGAUUGUAGUUCAAAGUUUGCCGGAUUGAAAAACAUAAUUGCAGGCUUUCGUGGUGAAUCACAAAAUAUACCGUGUGCGAAGUUUGAUGUUCAAUCAACUAAAUAUGAAUUUAAAUAAUCAGCUAUUUCAUUAACUGUUAAAUAAAUAUACAUUCAACACCCAAUUUCAAAUGGUUUUUACGAUUGUCCGGGCAUAUACAAAUUAAAAACAUUUUUUUUUAUCAUAGAUAAAAGGGUAUGAGGUAAAUUUUUUUGGGCAUUAAAAAUUCCAGUUGUAAUCUUGUUCUAAUAAACAGCAGUAAUACGUAAAUAGUUCUAGUUAAUAUAUUGCAUCGCAUCAUAAUUUAAAAUAAAUUAACAUCUUAUUUUUUGAUAAAUUU